CCCCCAUGCAAUCCCCCUCCUCCAGAGCUCCCCUUAGAAGCCCCCCAGCCCUAUAACACACCUGUUCCCCACAGCUCUGGCCUGCCCCGGCCCCCCUCCCUGAUCCUGCUGAGCUUCCAGGGGGCCCUGCUGUGUGGGGGACCCUGUCACUGAUCCCCCCUGUGUUCCCCUAGCUCCCUGCCUGGCCGGCCCGGGGUCCCACUGGCCAUGGCCCUGGUGCCCCUGAAGAGAAGGCGAAGGGCCCCAUCCCCACCGGCCGGGCCCCUGGGCGCUGGGCGCUUCCCUGCCGUGGUGCUGUGCUUGGUGGAGAAGCGGAUGGGGGCCAGCCGCCGGGCCUUCCUCACCCAGCUGGCCCGGGCCAAGGGCUUCCGCGUGGACGGGGCCUACAGCGCCGCAGUGACCCACGUGGUGUCGGAGCAGAACUCGGGGGAUGAGGUGGCCCGAUGGCUGGAGCAGCAGCGGGAGGAGUGCGGUUCUGGGGGGGACCCCGCCCUGCUGGACAUCAGUUGGUUCACGGAGAGCAUGGGAGCCGGGCGGCCUGUGGAGAUCGAGUCCCGGCACCGCCUCAGAGUGACCACCCUGGCUCCGCUCGGGCAGCAGAUGGCACCGUAUGCCUGCCAGCGCCGGACACCGCUUCUCCACAGCAACCAGCCGCUGACGGAGGCGCUGGAGACCCUGGCGGAGGAGGCGAGUUUCAGUGGCAGCGAGGGGCGCAGCCUGGCAUUUACCAGGGCAGCCUCGGUACUGAAGGCCCUGCCCGGCCGGCUUAGUGCCCUGGAGGAACUGGGGCCUCUCCCUGGCAUUGGGGAGCACUCCCGUCGGGUCAUCCAGGAUGUGCUGGAAGAUGGCAUCUCAGUGGAGGUGGAGAGAGUGAAGCUGUCGGAGAGGUACCGUACUAUGAAGCUCUUCACCAAGAUCUUCGGAGUUGGAGUGAGGACGGCCAGCCGGUGGUACCAGGAGGAGCUCCGGACGCUCGUGGACCUGCAGGAGCGGAACACCAAACUGACCAGGCAGCAGCAGGCAGGGCUGCGGCACUAUGAGGACCUCAACACCCCAGUGGAGCGUGGCGAGGCGGAGUUCAUUGGCCAGAUGGUGCAGGAGGCUGUGCAGCGGUUUCUGCCUGGAGCCUCGGUGACGCUGGCUGGCGGGUUCAGACGGGGGAAGCCGCAUGGCCAUGACAUCGACCUGCUCCUCACACACCCCGAGGCCGGCAGAGAGGUGGGGCUGCUGAGCCGUGUCGUCAGCUGGCUGGACAGCCAGGGUUUGAUACUCUAUCAGCACAGCCAGGAGAACAGCUUCACGCUCCACGAGGGCCCUGAGGCACCUGGGGGCAGGGACUUACUGGACCGAUUUGAGAGGUGCUUCUCCAUAUUCCGCCUGGAGGUGCGGGAGGGCCCGGGUGCUGCCCGAGGCUGGAAGGCCGUCAGGGUGGACCUGGUCGUGGCUCCAGUCAGUCAGUUCCCGUUUGCUCUGCUCGGCUGGACCGGCUCCCGGCACUUCGAACGCGAGCUCCGGCGCUUUGCCAGCCAUGAGAGGAAGAUGGUCCUGAACAGCCACACCCUGUACGACACCAGGCGGAACCUCUUUCUACCUGCUGCAUCUGAAGAAGAAAUCUUCCAGCACCUGGGCCUGGAGUGUGUGCCCCCCGCGCAGAGAAAUGCCUGAGCCCUGGGCCUGGGGUACUUGCCCCCCCCGAGACCCCUCACUGCACAGGAAUCUCCUCUCCAGCCCUGGAGAUGCCCCCUGCUGCCACCCGUACUGGCUGGCUCGUGUGUUCCCUGAGUGACCCAAGGGCUGAUCA